UGUCAGAGCUGAUCAGUGCAGCAGCUGCAGCCACCCAGCUCCACCUCAGAGCCUCCAUCACCAACACAGCAGCUUUGCAAACCUCAACCUCACUAAUCACGCUGCUGUGAACUUUAACCUUUCACCUGCUAACUGAGGCCCGACAGUCUGAGAAGGAGCUUGUGGGUUUUGACGGUCUGACUUCGAGUCUGGAGGAGAUGCACUGCUCACUGCUGCCCCUGCUGGUCAGUCUGAGUCCUGCUAUUCUGUUCCUGUUGCCUGGCAUCAUUGUGACACAGGAAGGACUCUGGGAGGACUACAAAUAUGGCCACGGUGACCUGGACAACCACAACUUCUGCACCUGGAAGUGCCUCCUGUUCACGCUGCAAUGGCCGGGCACGUUCUGUCAGUCUCUGAACAACGUGAGUCUCUGCAGGAUUCCUCCGACCGUCAACAACUGGACCAUCCACGGCCUUUGGCCUCUCCACACGAAGAACCGCUGCGACUGCUGGCCGAUGUUCCCCUCUGACGUCCAGGAGCUGAAGGCGGAGCUGACUGAACUCUGGCCGUCAUUUGUGAGAUUCAAGUCCAACUUCCACUUCUGGAGGGAAGAGUGGAGGAAACACGGAGCGUGCGCGGCGUGCGUGGAAGGAAUGAACUCUCCGCUCAGAUACUUCCAGGUCUGCAUCAAACUGCGAGCACAGUUCUACAUCCACAGCCUGCUGGAGGACGCCGGCAUCACUCCGUCCUGUGAGCGACCCUACAAGGUGGAGGAGGUGCAAAGCGUCUUGGCUCCACACGUUGGGGACAAACUGGAGAUCCAGUGCAUCACGGAUGAGCAGGACAGAGAGCUGUGGUUUCAGCUGAAGAUCCGCCUGAAUCGGAAUCUCACCGUAGGCUGCGAUCUCUGCACCGAUGCUGAAGACUCCCUGAAAGCCCAGCCCGGCUCACGGCCGGUACCCUCCCCGGGGCACCCCUGUCCUGACCAGGUGCCCUUCUACUACUUCCCCAUAAACCACGAGCGGCCACAGCGGCCCUGCGGUUAACGCCACCACCAUCACAGGUGGAGCCUGAGUAGCAGCGGGUUUACCCCAGAUACUUCAAGAAAUGUGUCUGAAGAGCUUAAAUGUGGAAAAAAAAUAAAGUGAUUUUUACAGUU